UCCCAGGUUCCUUUGCGAAUCCCAAUCGAGCGUUUGUUGGUCAAAACAUUUGUCUUCGUCUGGGCUGGAGAAGAAAGGAAAUCUGUUUUUGACAGAAAUAACGUUGUCACCAAACAAUCAGUAUCCGUCUCGGUGCAUAACCGAGAUAUUUUGACGCUGCAGGCUAUGGACCAGGACUAUGAAUGUCGGCUGCUCAGGCAGAUCAACAUCCAGAAUGAGAAUGCCAGCCCUAUAAAGGCCAUAGAUGCAGUUCGAGCCCUGACACCCACCAACUCCCCCCUGUCUUCUCCAAGUAAACAUGGCGACCGCUUCAUCCCCUCUCGCGCCGGUGCCAACUGGAGUGUCAACUUCCACCGCAUCAAUGAGAACGAGAAGUCCCACAAUCAGAACAGGAAGACAAAGGAUGGUACCACAGACACCAGCAAAGCGGACGGCCUGGCAUACUCUGCCCUGCUGAAGAAUGAGCUGCUCGGGGCGGGAAUAGAAAAGGUUCAGGACCCCCAGUCAGAGGAUCGCCGUCUACAGCCCUCCACCCCAGCCAAAAGGAGCCUCUUUACGUAUUCCGUCAGUGCCAAGCGGUCUCUCCCUGAGGAUGGCAACACGGUCUCUCCAUACUCCCUGUCUCCCGUUAGCAGCAACAGUCAAAAGCUCUUACGGUCGCCCAGGAAACCCACGCGGAAGAUCUCCAAGAUCCCCUUCAAGGUGCUUGACGCUCCCGAGCUGCAGGACGACUUCUACCUCAACCUGGUGGACUGGUCCUCCCUCAACGUCCUCAGUGUGGGCCUGGGAACCUGCGUCUACUUGUGGAGUGCCUGCACCAGCCAGGUGACGCGUCUGUGUGACCUGUCAGUGGAGGGGGACUCCGUCACGUCAGUGGGCUGGUCAGAAAGGGGUAACCUAGUAGCAGUGGGGACUCAUAAGGGCUAUGUACAGAUCUGGGAUGCUGCGGCAGGGAAGAAGCUGUCUGUCCUGGAGGGCCACACAGCCAGAGUGGGCGCGUUGGCGUGGAAUGCGGACCAGCUGUCGUCGGGCAGUCGUGAUAGGGUCAUCUUGCAGAGGGACAUCCGGGCCCCUCCCCUCCAGUCAGAACGGCGUCUCCAGGGACACCGGCAGGAAGUCUGUGGCCUCAAGUGGAGCACAGACCACCAGCUGCUGGCCUCGGGGGGAAACGACAACAAGCUGCUUGUUUGGAACCAUUCCAGCGUCCUCCCGGUCCAGCAGUACACGGAACACCUGGCGGCAGUGAAGGCCAUUGCCUGGUCCCCUCAUCAGCACGGCCUGCUGGCGUCCGGAGGGGGGACGGCCGACCGCUGCAUCCGCUUCUGGAACACCCUGACGGGCCAGCCCCUGCAGUGCACCGACACGGGCUCCCAGGUCUGCAACCUGGCCUGGUCCAAACACACCAACGAGCUGGUGAGUACGCACGGUUACUCCCAGAACCAGAUCUUGGUGUGGAAGUACCCUUCGCUCACUCAGGUGGCCAAACUCACAGGCCACUCCUACAGGGUGCUGUACCUGGCCAUGUCUCCUGACGGAGAGGCCAUCGUCACAGGGGCCGGAGACGAGACACUGCGCUUCUGGAAUGUCUUCAGCAAGAUGAGGUCCACCAAGGAGUCUGUAUCCGUUUUGAACCUUUUCACCAGAAUCCGGUAGCCAGAGGGAUUCUGCUGUUCACCUUGGGAAUGGUGCGGGUAAUCAGCCUGGGGCCAGUACUGUACUGAAAACAAUAUGGAUUGGAAUCCAUUCUUAAAAACAACUCCCGUACCUCUGGGUUAGGGGUCCUUUUAAAUACCCUUAGUCAGGUUGUCAUGCAGAUAGGUGGGAGUCGUUUUUUAGACUGGAUUAAGUCCACUGCCUCACACCGGCCAAAACCACCAUUCUGACAGCGCAAGGCCAUGCCCCAUACAGUACCAUUGGUGCUUUCACAGGAAGACGAGGAAGAGGAUUAUUCUGGGACUUCCCUUUUCCCCCAGUGACUGUUUUGUUUACAGACUUACUAUGUGCAUACCUGCCAAAUACAAAGUUUGUCCUUUUUUUGAAUGUUUUAUUUAUUGGUAUCCUUAUCUUU